UUCCUCGAAGGAAUGAGAUGUUUUGUGACUAUCCUUAUGCUACACAAGAUAUAGGUUUCAUUCAUUCAUUCAUUGUCUAUUGUAUUGGAGUGUAAGGGGUGAGAGGUUGGGGACACCCUGGACAGCCACGCACACAUACCAAUUCAGAGACACCACUGCGCCUGACUUAGGACUGUGGGAGGAAACCCACCCCUUCGCCGGGAGAGCAUAACAGAGUUGCCUCCAGAUGGAUUCGAACCGACAACCGUCUUGCUGCAGCGUCUUUGCUCAUCACGUUUAUUGAAAGUAAUUUCAGAAAUGCAUUGAGAUUUGAAUCUCUCUGACCUAUUUCAGGGUGAAAGGUGAGCGAGAUGGGCGCCGGGAGUCAAAUCUGGGACUAGUUGAUCGUAAUUUCAUGUUUCUAUUGUGGUGCACGGAUUUAUCUCCCCCGUGCUCCGGCUGCAAGUAGUUCCGGUGCUUUAGCAGGCGAGCGAGCUGACGGAGCCGGCGGAACCUCUCGGUUCUUGAGCGCGGACGCUGGCUCUAGUCGUCCCCGUCAUGACAUGCGACUGACCGCGGAGGAGGUCGGCGAGAGGCUGGCGGAGCGGCGAGCACGACCCGUCGGCUGACAGUGACGACACGCACCGCUGGAGCUUUUUGUCUCAAGUGCGGGGACGAACGUCUCGAGCUCCGGAGGCAGCGUGCAGACAAAACAUUCACCCCGGUUCAUGGUCAUCCUCGUCGCAGCCUUUGCACUGGCUAAAUGAAGAACUCGUGAAAAUGGAUGAGGGAAAGACCCUGAGUGUGGUGACAUCCCCGGAAGCUUUGGCCAAAGUCGACAGUAAAAGUCAUGGGAAAUACUCGAGCCGAGACCGCUGCCCUGCACCCGCUCACUGACUCCCCCGCGUCCAACGACAUAGAGCUUCUUGUCCUUCUCCCUUGACUUCCGAGCGCCAUGACCUCCGAGCUGGAAAGUAGCUUGACUUCGAUGGACUGGCUUCCUCAGCUCAGCAUGAGGGCAAGCAUCCAGAAAUCCGACAUGAUGCACCACCACGGCCACCACCACGGCCACCAUCAUCACCACGGUCUUCAUCACACGGGACACGGGAAGAAGAUCACCCACCUGGACUCGGGGACGACUCUGGACCAGGAAGAGUCAGUGCAGCACAGAGACGGUAAACCGCCGUACAGCUACGCAAGCCUCAUCACCUUCGCCAUCAACGGCUCGCCGCGCAAACGGAUGACCCUCAGUGAGAUUUACCAGUGGAUCUGUGACAACUUCCCCUACUACAGAGAAGCAGGAAGUGGCUGGAAGAAUUCCAUACGACACAACCUGUCCUUGAACAAGUGUUUCCUCAAAGUGCCUCGCUCCAAAGACGACCCUGGGAAAGGUUCCUACUGGGCUAUAGACACCAACCCGAAAGAAGACAGCGUUCCCAGCAGGCCGAAGAAGAGACCUCGCUCCGGGGAAAGGGCGUCGACACCUUACAGUCUGGAGUCCGAAUCUUUGAGGAUGGACUGCAUCAUGUCCGGGGGGACGUCUCCGACUCUGGCCAUCCAUCCAGUAACCAACAAGGUAGCACUGUACAACCCGGAGGCAGAAGGAAGCGAGAGUCCGGGGAGUCUGGCCGGAAGUCUGAGCAACAGCCUCUCGGACCAGAGCCUGGCGUCCGUCAACCUGAACAGCAUGAACACGGUCAACAGCGGCGGCUACACUCCAGUGACCAGCCACUCCGAACCGUCCUCCCAAUCCCUGAGCCUUCAGCCGCCCUCCCAGCCGCCGCCUCUCCCCCCUCCUCCCCCGCAGCCCCAGUACGGCCUCCCCGUACCAGAGUCGCGCGACAAGCACCUGUGUUUCUCCGACUUCGAGGACCUGAGCGCUUCUUUCCGAAGCCUUUACAAGUGCGUCUUCGAGCAGUCCUUCUCGCAGCAAGCUCUGAUGGGUCUCUCCGGUGACUCCAGCCCACAAGCGCGGACCGCCUGCUCCUACCAGCACUCUCCUGGUGCCGGCAGCAGCGGGAACCAUCACCACCAACACAACCACAGCCAGGCGCCACACCACACGCACCACCUGCCUCCUCACGGUCAGCACCCGGUACACGGGCAGCACCAGCAGCACGCGGGUCUCCCCCAGAGACACCCGGCGCUGUCCCACCAGAGUCUCACUGGACAGAACUGCCCCACGACAGGACUGGCACCAGAUUGGUAUCCCAACGUGGACUGGCUGAAGGAGAGCUGCCGCAUCGCCACCAGCUACAACUGGGCCGACGUGGACCUCUCCCCCUUCCAAGGCCUGAAGGAGAGCAUGCAGCAGGCCGAGCUCAACAACUGGACCCUGGACCCCACGCAGAUGGCCGACCUCUGCUCCUCCAUUAACCAGUUCUUCACUGCCACCGGGGUCAUCCCCCCGCAGGGGGCGCCCCAUUCGCAACCUCAGGUCCAACACCCCACACCCUCCGGCGCCGCCCAGCACCCGGCCCAGCCGCACCGGGCCAUGCACCCGAAGGCCAGCCAACACAACCAGCACGGGCAACACAUCGGCACCGGGAGCAUGUACAUGGACUCCAGACAGAGCAUGUCUUCGCUGAUGGGCCCUCCUGGCUACCCUCACAUGCCCCCCAUGAGCACCACAGCCCCUAGCAUGACAGGUCAUCACAACCAGCUGAGUCAGCAGCACAUGCUUCCGCCGGGGCAUUUCCAGGUGAGACGCAUGUUGGUGACGGACGAGAUCCAGGACGACUUCGACUGGGACUCCAUAGUUUGAACUGAAGGAAGAAGGUUUGGGACACCCCACACCCCCUCAUCCCACCACCCCCCCUAACUGCUGCUUACACCUGUGCGCGGAGAGAAAGACAAUCUGCGAGCGGACGGGUUUACAGACAAUCACUGACCGGAGGUUUCCAACCUGUCGCCAACACUCCAGGGUCGCAACGUUCAUGUGAGUUGAUUCGCUGAUGGCUUUACAACCACAGACUCCGCCUCCUUGAUGAUGCCACCGCCACAGUCUAGAUGAGAUCAGACGGCCUUUAUCCUUUGUUCCCGUUUCAAUUUGCUGUUUAAGGGGAGUGAAAUUCACACUUUCAUCUUAAAAAUUAGCUUCUUUAUUUACAGGAUUUAGCAUGGUGCAUAAAAAUUCUCAAAAUAUUUGGUGAUUUUUACUAUUUAUUAUUAUCACUAUUUAUUAUCAAAAAACAAUUUAAGCAUGCAGUGCAUUCAAGAAAUAUGAUGACAUGUUUUUCUAAUUAUAAUUUCUGGUGUUUUUUUAUAUUAUUAUUCAUUCAUCUUUUCUUUUUAUUACCAGAUUUGGAAUGGAUUAAUUCCCUUUUGAUGCAGUAGCUAAAUAUAUUAUAUUGAAUUAAGUCAUCAGAAUUUAUUUUUUACAACUGAAAAGUUAGUCUUGCCUUUAAACCUGUAUAUUUUUAUGUAUUUAUUAGACAUUUUUACCAUAUCACAUUUGAAACUGAGCGUUUUUGCAUUUGUUUAAAGCUUUAUUUCAUGUUAUUUUACAUCAAAGUCAACUGUUGGCUCAAAUGUUUACGUGAGGAAUAACUAUUAUCGUGGUGACAUCAUCAAAAAGGGGGAUUCACGUUGUAAGUUCUCAGACGUGAUGUCAUUGAAAGGUGUGACAACAGCCCCACCAUCUGGCUACAAAGUGUCCUGCUUCUCUACAAAAAAGAAUCUAUGCACCACUGUUUCCAACCCGAACACACACCUGCCCUGGUGUGUGUGUGUGUGUGUGUGUGCGACAACUGAUGGGCAGCAGAGACGUUCGUCAUCUCCAGUCCCGAAGAUUCUGCUUCUGUCAUAAGCUAAAAACAAAAAAACUGAGAUUGACUUCAGCAUCUAAGCACAUUGAAUUCUGCUUUGCACAGAGAAUUUUUGGCAUUUUUAUUUUGCACAAAAUCAAUCAUGUCGAAUUGAACGGCGGAAAAGAAAACGGACGCAGCAGACGAAACAAAUAGCUCUUUUUUUUACUGUGAUGUUCCAACUUUUGUGUCUUUGUGUGCAAGUUUGUAUAGUCUGACUUAAUUUUGUGUACAGUUCUGCAUCGCCCCAAAAAAAAAGGAUGUGAAAUGGAAGUGUACAAUCUCUGGUGACAUGAACCAGGCUUCACGGUAGAAAAGAAGAAUAAACCCCUAAAUAUUGCCAUGAAAAGCUGUAUAACAGUGACCAGCAUCAUAUAUUGUGUAUGUGUGUGCAUUGUUGUCCGUGUAAAUAACAACUCUCUGUUGUUUGCCAUUGACUGGUUAAAAAAAGGAGAAAAUAUUUUGUUAUGUCAACAGACGUGUGUAAAUAUGUUUUUGUAAAUAAUCCAAAUGGUUGUUUUGUGUGUCGAACUUAAUCUAUGUGCGACGGAAUCUGUUUCAGUGUUUAUUAAAAA